AUGGCAUCCAACACUGCAAAUCCACCCACUGAGAGCCGCCUCUCAACACGCAUCUCCAUCCGAUGGCUCCCUGAACCCGCCUCCGAAACGACUGACACUAUCGUCAUGUCCGUGAAGGGUUGGUAUGUGGACCUUCGCAUAGACAAGAAAUCUGGCGACAUUGACUGGGCAAUUGCCGGUCAGCGGGUUACGGAUAGUAGUGACCCUCGCCGCGUGCAGUUUACCCAUGAAAUUGACUCGCACAACUCCUUUGACGACGUUGACUGUGGCACCUUUACUACAUUACCGAACGGUGAUGACCUUGAGACUGGAUCUAUGGCUCGUCCAGAUGUGCCAGGGGCUCCGGUGACAGAAUAUGAGGAGGUGUGGCGGGAGUUGACAUUCAAGGAGGGCCCCGAAGGAUCAGGGCAGGGUGCUUCAUGGGUUUUGGAAUCGAAGCAUGAUAUUAAGGUUGGGGAAGGCGAGGAAGUGGAGGUUUCGCGGACAUUUUUGGCGAGGAUCUGGGGCUCAUAUUUGGCGGUGCGACAGAAGCAGGUAUAUGCGCGCCUGCCGGGUUCUACAGAUGCAGUCGUGAAGGCAGGGAAGGGGGUUAGUGCUAGGAGAGAAGAAUGGGAUGCAAGCACUGGGUGGUCGGCCAAAUAUGUUCUUGGUCUGGAGGGGGACAGUUUGCCCUCCGCUAAGGACAUCGAGGCCAACGAACAACUGCGCACACCCGGGGGAACAAUUCUAGUCAACGGUGAGCCAUAUACGGUUCGAUCAUAUGAAUUUGCGUAG